UUCAGGUCGGUGGCGGGUGGAGUUCUGCCUUUGCAGUCGAUAAACUCACGGCAGUGUGAGACCGACGUUAUCUGAGCUGGGGUUCACCCUUUUGGUUUUCUUCUUGGAUCCACCGAUUGCUCUUAGUUCCUUUAGAGGGAUAGCCUGAAACUUCUUCUCACCACUUUCACCUGCAUCUUCUUCAAGGCAGAGCCUAAAAAUGCCGGCACCAGUGGAACCAGCAAGCCAUGAGCCUCCCAAGACGGAGCUGCAGGAGCUGCAGAUGAAAGCAGGACAAGUCACAGAUGAUUCGCUGGAAAGUACACGGCGCAUGAUGGCUCUCUGUGAAGAGAGCAAGGAGGCGGGCAUUCGAACUCUGGUCGCUCUCGAUGACCAGGGAGAACAACUGGACCGCAUCGAGGAGGGCAUGGACCAGAUCAACGCCGACAUGAAGGAAGCUGAGAAAAAUCUCACUGGCAUGGAGAAGUGCUGUGGCCUCUGUGUGUUGCCUUGUAACAAGUCAAGUUCCUUCAAAGAGGACGACGGCACGUGGAAGGGCAACGACGACGGCAAGGUGGUCAACAACCAGCCCCAGCGCGUCAUGGACGACCGCAACGGUCUUGGACCUCAGGGCGGAUAUAUUGGAAGAAUUACCAAUGACGCCCGUGAGGAGGAGAUGGAAGACAACAUGGGCCAGGUCAACACAAUGAUCGGCAACUUGCGCAACAUGGCCCUCGACAUGGGCUCGGAACUGGAGAACCAGAACAGACAGGUGGACCGCAUCAACCGUAAGGCCGAUUCCAACACAGCGACUGUGGCGGCGUUAACACAAAAAUCGGGAAAACUUCUAAGUGCAUAAAAGGCCGAGUCAAACGAUUCAAGAAUAGCCGUGGCCAACCAGCGCGCCAACAAGCUGCUGAAGACGUAAAAAGUCAAGAAAGAAUGUGCUGUCCAUCUGCCUCCAUGUUCCUGCUGCUAUCCUUGUUGCUGCACCAGAGAAGAAACACGAGGGACACUUUUAUUGUUUCGUACACUCAUCAGGCUUUCCGUUUUACACUUUGUUUCCUCCGAUUUAUUUCUUAUUUUCGGUUCUGAUUUCCUGCCGCGGAUAAUGCAUGUUGCGUGCUCUGUUCUUGUGCGUUUCAGAUUUCACUUAGACUUUAUGGUGAUAAUAAAUUUUAAGCUAAUUCAAAUGAAACGUGAAUGUACAAAGCAUCAAACCUAGCAGUAGAAACAAUACGAAAAAGAAGAAGCAGAGCUGAAACGAAAGGGAAGAAUCCGAAACACUCUCACACAAAGCAGACACAAUUCACACUCACAAACACGAGACACUUACACAGACACACUCAAUUGUACUUAUUUUAAUUACACUUCUUGUACUUACAGUUAAAUGAUUAGUUAUUGAGAUUGCAUUUUUGUGAGUCACAAGAAGUCAUGUUAAAAGUAGCGCUAUGGAUCGUCAAUAUCCUUAGAAAGUCUAGAGUGGAAAGACGCUUUUUGCAAUUUUAGCCCCUUCUUCUUUUAGCAUUAACCAAAAAAAUGAAAUCAAAUAUGAAAGACACAGAAGCAUAUCCAACCGACUAACCUUCAGUUUAAAUUAUGCUUUCGAGACAAACAGCUUCUGGCUCACGCGCCUCAACAUGUAAUAAUAAAUAGCAAAAGUAAAUAACCAAGGCCAAUUGUAAAUAUAAUCAUCCGGUUUGCUGCUUGCUUUAAAUUCAUGUGAUAGCAACUCUUGAAUUGACAGAAAAAUACUCAACGUGUACUACGAAAAUAAAUUCAUUUUUCCGUUAAUUUUGUUUAUUGUUUUUUAACGUUUUUGUUUCGUCAUAGAUUGCAACUGUAAUUCAGACACCAAGGGAAAAUAUAUAACCUUACUUAAUAGCACAUAAAUACUAUUUUCAUCUUUGGUUGCUGGAAUGAAAAUUAAAAAAAUUGGCGCUAUUUGUUCAGUGAUACAAAACUCAUGUUGCUUGAUUGUAGUCCAAAUGCGAUAGGAUAUAUUAAAUAUGUACACAGAGUAAUUUGCUAUUUGCACCAGUGGUCAGUGUACAAAGCCGCCAUUCAGCACCAUUUUUAAGUCUUUUUAGCUAUGGAAUUUCAUGUUUGACUGUGCUAAUCGAUUGUUGAGGGUUGGAUUGGUAAAACAGCUGAAUCACUCGGUCGGCAAUUUGAUGAAAACGUCAGAGCGGUUUUUCGUGUGAACCUAGCAAAAAGUGCGACGGCAUGACCAAUCAGAAAAGCGAGUGGUUCUCUGAUUGGCAUUUGUCGCUUUCGCUGGCUGUCGCUGUAGCGUUGCUGUCUCGAUCCUAGUUAGGUCAGCGCUAAUUCAUCCAAACAGAACCGCUCCAUUUUCUGAUUGGUCACUGGCGUUGUUUUUGGUUCACACCUCUCGAAUUUAUGACUGGGUGAAUGGUUGUCUCACCUAAUUCGACCCUCUCAAAAAUGAAAUCCCGUUGCUUCUUUCUAUUAACUAAUUUAUUUGCUGUGGAAAUGACUGUUGGUGGCUUAGAACUCUGAGAACUCGUGCAAAAAAUCGUAUCAAAAAAGCUUCAAUAUAAUCUUCCACUUUAGUGGUGAUCAGAUGGAAAGUGAAGAUUAAAAAUUGCAAUUUCAUCCGGCAAUAAAAAUGUUUGAAUCAGAGAUCCACGGUAGCAGAGAAAUUUAAGGUGCUUAGUGGCAUUAUUCAAAUUUUAAUAUGAUAGCCCUGAAAAUCGUUAUUUUAAACGAUCUCACGUUGUUUGAAUUUGAGUUGCUGCGCAAUUUAUGUGGAAUGGAUCCAAAACCAUGAACUGUAUAAAGUUUUGUCGAAAUUGGAACCAAAAUUUUUCUUUUUAAAGCUACUCAAACAUUAGGUGCGAAUGCUUGAUUACACUCGUCUACAUGCUGCUGGAUUCUGCAUGUACUUGCUAAUAUUAAACAACAUUAAAUUAUUACUCGACGUAAUUUUAAUUAUCAUGUAAGAUCGAUAACGAGACGAAAAUUCUGAGUUCUUUUGUAAAUACGAUACGUAGGGAUCGGGAUAAUUCUUCUCCUCAUUGAAGAUUAUAUAUAUUUUAGAUUAGAUUUAAGGUCGUUCGUUCAGAAAAAGAAACAACACACACAUUAUAAACUUUUACAAACUUCUCUCUUCAUGUGUCGUCAAAUUAAAUAUUCAGCUGUAAGAUUCCAACCAGUAAUAUAUUGUAUCUGUCUCUGUAUGUACCUUAUAUCAAAACUUCCCAUUUCCUCAUAAAAAUAACACAUUUGAUUUUCAUACACACUCGACCUGCGGGCUUCGGCAAUUUCUUUCGCCUUUCCUGUUUGAUGGCAUAUGAUCAAUAACACCCUUAACACAUUUCAAGAAAUAAGGGUUGCCUAAUAUUCCAAAAAAUCUUAUUAACUGCUAACAAUAAGAACCUUAGUAGAAGACAUACAUAUUUUCUCAGAUAAACACACACAAUUUAACGAAGAUUGCAUUUUUACGUAAUGUUUCAAAAUACGACAUUGAUUAAUGAUUAAGCGGAGCAAGGGAUUAGCUUGGUUCAAUACCAGUUGUUUUAGCAAAAUUAUGUCUUGAUUUGUUUCGAAUUUCUAUCAAAACGCAUUGUAAUUAUAGCCAUGUUACGAUUUGAAAAAAAACACGUGCGAUUCAAAUAGAAUAAAA